UCUCUCGCAGCCUCCGACGUCGGUCCAGGAGCGUCGCGAAGCGCUUUCCCGCACGGGACGAGGGAUAAGAGGCGCUGUCGGUGCGCAGUGUUGAGCGCUCCAAGAACUACUGUUUAAUGUGCGAGAGGUCUCUUCAAUUGGCCGGAUAGUUUCGAAAACUUUUGACCGUUCGACUAGGAUAUGUUGUGAAUUCGGACUUUUUUUUUGGUUGGAGGUUCGAGUAUGGAAGUUUUACGCAGAUUUGUCGCUUUUUUCACCGUGAUUUGUUUCGUUAGAGUUGUGCAUUCGUUGAAAGAUGUGGUUCUGGAGAUAAAACCACGCGUCGUACACCUGGGCGCCUUUUCCACCCUCAGCUGCAGAUACGAUCUUGAAGACGCACCCCUUUACACCGUCAAGUGGUAUCGCGGCCACCAUGAAUUCUACAGAUACACGCCCAAGGAAUUUCCCAGCACUAAGAUAUUUCCAUUCGACGAUUUGCAUGUCGACUUGCAGCAUUCCAACGAUAGCCAGGUGGUCCUGAGGGAUGUUGGCUUCAACCUAUCUGGAAACUUUAGUUGCGAAGUGACCACAGAUGCUCCCAGCUUUUAUACCCGGGUGGUCUCAACGGAUAUGUUAGUUGUUGUGCUUCCUUCUAAUCCUCCCACCCUAACGACUGAGAGGACUUUUUACGACAGUGGAGACGUGCUCAGAGCUAAUUGCACCUCACCGCCAUCAAGACCGGCUAGCACCUUGACAUUUUAUCUGAAGGAUGUGCAGGUUUGCGAAAGAUGCGUGACCAGGAAAGUGUCAACCGGCGAUUUAUUCUACAGCGAAAAUUACCUUGAACUCCCACUGUUUCCAUCCCAUUUUCAACAAAACCGACUCACACUGAAGUGCGUCGCAGAAAUUGGAAAUUUAUAUCAGCAGACUGCUGAGCUCAACCUCUAUAACGUCAACGAUCCCAUCCCUGCCCGAGUUAUGCAAAGCUCUGCUGUAAGCUACAAUAUGGCCAUCUUGAAUUUAGCGAUGACUCUGCUCUUCCUGUUAACGUAAGUGAAUGUUUUAGGUGAAUAUGUGUUAAAAAAAAUAUCAAAAGGGACAAUGCCCUAUUGUGAUCGACUGAAUGGCAAUUAUUAUAGUGAAUAUAUAAAGAAAAAUUUUGUAAAAUUUUAUUGCAAUAUUGAAUUUGUAUGUUGAUGGAUGGUUGAAUAAAUUGAACGUUGAAUUA